UACUGGGGGGGAAAAGGACUAAAACGAACCAAACGGACGACUUUGAAGGAAGAACAAGAUUUAUUCAACAUAUUCUGAAGUUUCAAGGGCUAUGUUAAAGUCAAAGGGCCUCUGUUAUACAGACGAAUUUGCUCAAAGCUGAGUUUGAAUCAGUAUUGUGCGAAGAGAGAUGACAAAAUUAAGACAUGCGAUUUCUCUUCUUCUCCUUCUUUCAUUGACAUGCUUCUCUUCAAGCUUCUGCUAUGGCGGGGAUAUAAUUACAUCAACAAAUUUCAUCAAAGACCCUGCAACAGUUAUAUCCAAUGCCAGUAUCUUCAAAUUGGGGUUCUUCACACCUUCAAAUUCUACCCACAGAUACGUUGGAAUUUGGUUUGAGAAAAUUUCUCCACAAACUGUAGUAUGGGUUGCAAACAGAGACAACCCUCUCAACGAUUCUUCUGGGGUUUUCACUAUUUCCAACGAUGGGAAUCUUGUGGUCUUAGAUGCAAACAACACCAUCCAUUGGUCUUCGAAUAUUUCUUCUUCUUCUUCUUCAGCAACCAACAACACAAUGGCUCAAAUUUUAGAUUCUGGAAACUUGGUUUUGAAAGAUACUUCUUCCGGGGUGAUUAUAUGGCAGAGUUUCGAACACCCUUCUGAUAAAUUCAUUACUUCCAUGAAGCUUAUGACAAACACAAGAACUAAUGAGCGCGUGGACUUUACCUCAUGGAACUCCCCUUCCGAUCCAUCUACAGGUAAGUUUUCAUUUCUGCUGGAUGUUCAAAAUAUUCCUGAAGCUGUGUUUUUGGAUGGUGGUAAAACUUAUUGGCGAUCUGGUCCAUGGAACGGUCAGUCCUUUAUUGGAAUACCUGAAAUGACUUCUGUUUAUCUCUCUGGGUAUAACCUUGCAAUCCAAGAUCAAACUUACACUCUCUCUCUUCCUUCCAAUAUUGAAACUCGACAAUUUUUUUAUUUGUUCAUAAGCUCACAAGGGAAUUUUGAACAAAGGAAUUGGGAUGAUGAGAAAAAGCAAUGGAAUGUUAGUUGGGUCGCUCAAAAAACAGUGUGUGAUUCCUAUGGAAAUUGUGGGGCGUUUGGGAUUUGUAAUGCAAAAACAUCCCCUGUUUGCAGCUGCUUAACAGGGUUUAAGCCAAAGCAGGAAAAGGAGUGGAAUCAAGGAAAUUGGAGUAAUGGGUGUGUGAGAAAAACGCCAUUAAAAUGUGAGAAUCAGUUCAUCGACAACACUGAUGCUAAAGAAGAUGGAUUUUUAAAAAUGGAAAUGGUUAAAGUUCCAUUUUUGGCAGAUUGGUCUACUUCCUCUGUUUCAAUUGAUGAUUGCAGGCGCGAUUGCUUGGGAAAUUGUUCGUGUAAUUCUUAUGCUUUUGAAAAUGCCAUUUGUAUGCAAUGGAGAAAUGGAUUAGUUGAUAUACAACAGUUUGAGAGCUUUGGAGCUGAUCUCUACCUUCGAAUGGCAUUUGCUGAUUUACCUACAACUAACGAAAAAGACAAGAAGGGAAUUAUUGUAGCCAUAGCCAUAGUGAUACCAGUAGCGCUUGUCAUCUUCAUCAUUGUCAUAUUCUUAUGCUGGAAAUGGAAGACUAACAAACAAGAAAAGAAGAUAAUUAUGACUUCUAGUGAAAAAAGGAAGAUUUUGAAACAAACAAGAGAAGAUGAAAAUAUGAUUGAGGAUGAAAUCAAACUUGAGGAACUACCACUUUAUGAUUUUGAAAAGGUAGCAAUUGCAACAAAUUACUUUGAUUUGAGUAACAAGCUUGGGCAGGGUGGCUUUGGUCCAGUGUAUAAGGGAAAAUUAUUAAAUGGACAGGAAAUAGCGGUAAAGAGGCUUUCAAGAGCUUCUAAACAAGGGUAUGAAGAAUUUAUAAAUGAAGUGAGAGUGAUUUCAAAACUACAACACAGGAAUCUUGUAAGACUUUUGGGUUGUUGCAUUGAAGGAGAAGAGAAGAUGUUAAUAUAUGAGUAUAUGCCCAACCUAAGUUUGGAUGCAUUCAUCUUUGGCUCUCCCAAACAAAACAUUUUGGAUUGGAAAAAAAGAUUUAAUAUUAUUGAUGGAAUUGCUCGAGGUCUUUUAUACCUUCAUAGAGAUUCAAGAUUAAAAAUUAUUCAUAGAGAUCUUAAGGUAAGUAAUAUUUUGUUAGACAAAGAUUUGAACCCUAAGAUUUCGGAUUUUGGCAUGGCACGAAUUUUUGGUGGUGAUGAAGUUCAAGCAAAUACUUUAAGAGUUGUUGGAACUUAUGGAUAUAUGUCUCCUGAAUAUGCAAUGCAAGGACAAUUUUCAGAGAAAUCAGAUGUGUUUAGUUUUGGAGUUUUGUUACUUGAAAUUAUUAGCGGAAGAAGAAAUACAGGAUUCUACCGCCAUGAAUCUAGUAUAAGCUUAUUGGGAUUUGCAUGGAAAUUGUGGACGGAAGACAAUUUUAUUCCUUUGAUUGAACGCAUUAAUAUAUACGAACCGUACUACCAAUCAGAGAUUUUGAGAUGCAUUCAUGUGGGGCUCUUAUGUGUCCAAGAAUUAUAAAAUGAUAGGCCAAAUGUUUCAACCAUCAUUUCGAUGCUUAAUAGUGUCGUUGAUCUUCCUUCUCCAAAGCAACCUGGCUUGUUGGCAGACCACAGGAAAUCUUCACCUCCACCCAUGAAACCCAAAUCCAACUACCCCUCUUCAUAUUUUCUUCUUCUUCUUUCAUUUACGUUCUUCUCUCCAAUAUUUUGCUUCGGCAGACAUACAAUCACAUCACAAAAUUUUAUCAAAGACCCUGCUUCUAUAACUUCCAAUGCCAGUUCAUUCAAAUUGGGCUUCUUUACACCUCUUAAUUCCACCGGCCGAUAUGUCGGAAUUUGGUUCAACCAAGUUUCCUUGCAAACCUUAGUGUGGGUGGCCAACAAAGACAAGCCUCUCAAAGAUUCUUCUGGGAUUUUCACUAUUUCUAAACAGGGAGAUCUUGUGGUUUUAGAUGGAAACCACACCGUCCUCUGGUCUUCAAAUGUUUUUUCUUCUUCUUCUUCUUCUACAACCAACACAAGCGCUCGAAUUUUAGAUACGGGUAACCUUGUUUUGGAAGAUACUGCUUCUGGGAACAUUUUAUGGGAGAGCUUCAAAGACCCUUCCGAUAAAUUCUUGAUUUCCAUGAAAUUCAUCACCAACACAAGAACAAAAGAGAAGAUCAAGCUAACCUCAUGGAGCUCCCCUGUUAAUCCAUCCACUGGAAAUUUUUCCUUAGCACUAGAAGUUUUCGGUAUUCCUGAAGGUGUGAUUUGGAAUAAUGGUGACAAACCUUAUUGGCGAUCUGGUCCAUGGAACGGUCAGUCAUUUAUUGGAAUACCCGAAAUGGACUAUGUUUAUCUUUCUGGGUUUAACCUUGUAAUCCAAGACCAACAAUACACUUUCUAUGUUUCUUACAAUUACACUGUUGAACAGCAGGCUUUUUUGUCUUUAACCUCGCAAGGGAAUUUGGUGCAAACGCAUUGGAAUCCUCAGAUUAGGAAUUGGAAUGUUAGUUGGUUUGCUAUAAAAACAGAGUGUGAUUACUAUGGUACUUGUGGGGCGUUUGGGAUUUGUAAUCCAAAGGCGUCUACCAUUUGCAGCUGUUUAAAAGGGUUUAAGCCAAGGAAUGAAAAGGAAUGGCAUCAAGGGAAUUGGAGUGGUGGGUGUGUGAGAAGGACGCCAUUGCAAUGCAGUAAUAGUAGUGCUGAAGAAGAUGGGUUUGUAUCAGUUGAAAUGGUUAAAUUGCCAUUUUUUGUAGAGUGGUCUAUUACGUCUUUUACAGAAAAUGAUUGCAAACAAGAGUGCUUGCGCAAUUGUUCGUGUAAUGCUUACGCAUUUGAAAAAGUUAUUCGGUGUAUGCUAUGGAGAAGGGAUGAGUUAAUUGAUAUACAAAAGUUUGAGAGAAAUGGAGCUACUCUUUACCUUCGGAUGCCAUAUACAGAAUUAGAUCCUACAAAUGUAAAAAAUAAGAAAGGGAUUAUUAUAGCAAUUGUGCUACCAGUGACCUUUGUCAUCAUGAUCAUCACAACCAUAUCAUUUUGGUGGAAAUGCAAAAGGAAAUUACGAAUCACAUCUGAUGACAAAAAAGAAAGAAUUCUUACACUGACAAGGGAGGAUGGUAUCAAACUUGAAGAGCUACCUCUUUAUGAUUUUGAGAAGCUGGCAAUUGCAACCAACAAUUUUGAUAUGAAUAACAAACUCGGGCAGGGUGGCUUUGGUCUAGUGUAUAAGGGAAAAAUGUUAAAUGGACAAGAAAUAGCAGUAAAGAGGCUAUCAAAAGCCUCGAAUCAAGGGUACGAAGAAUUUAUAAAUGAAGUGAGGGUAAUUUCUAAACUACAACAUAGAAAUCUUGUACGCCUAUUAGGGUGUUGCAUCGAAAGAGAAGAGAAAAUUUUAAUAUAUGAGUACAUGCCUCGCCUAAGUUUGGAUGCCUUAAUCUUUGGCUCUCCACCAAAAGAACUUUUGGAUUAGAGACAAAGAUUUAACAUUAUUGAUGGAAUUGCUCGAGGUCUACUUUACCUUCAUAGAGAUUCAAGAUUAAAAAUCAUUCAUAGAGAUCUUAAAACAAGUAAUAUUUUGUUAGAUCAAGAUUUGAACCCUAAAAUUUCAGACUUUGGCAUGGCAAAGAUUUUCUGUGGCAAUGAUGUCCAAGUGAAUACUCUAAGAGUUGUCGGGACUUAUGGAUAUAUGUCUCCUGAGUACGCAAUGCAAGGUCGAUUUUUAGAGAAGUCGGAUGUAUUUAGUUUUGGGGUCCUAUUGCUUGAAAUUAUUAGUGGGAGAAGAAAUACAGAGUCCUACUACCAUGAACAAGCUAUAAGCUUAUUAGGAUUUGCAUGGAAGCUGUGGAUGAAAGACAACCUUAUUCCUAUGAUUGAACCAACAAUAUAUGAAUUGUGUUAUCAACAAGAGAUUUUGAGAUGUAUUCAAGUGGGGCUCUUAUGCGUUCAAGAAUCUGUAAGAGAGAGACCAAAUAUCCCCACUAUUAUUUCAAUGCUCAAUAGUGACGUAGAUCUUCCUACUCCAAAAGAACCUGGUUUUGUUGGUAGACCAUCUGAAAGUAAUAUAGAAUCAUCUCAACAAAAUUCAAAUAAACAUUCUGUAAAUAGUGUUACACUCACCACAGUUAUAGCUCGAUAAUGCAUUGAUUAAGUAAAACCGAUUUGUUUGAUCUAUUAUCUUAAGUUAAUGCAAUUUCUUUACCUUCUGAA